ACGCUCUGGAGUUCACGGAACAGGGGAGGGAGGGGGAUACCACGUGACUGGGCUGCUCUAAAUUCUUCCCGUUCACAUGACAGACUUGUUGGUGUUUUCAGAUGGCGCGGCUGUGAGCGACUCUUCACACCGAUUGCUGGUUCCUAUCCCUCCAUCACCACCUUACUUUACGGAUAUAUAAACCCGGACUGCCGAGAAAUAACGAACGAUAACCAGAUAAGCAGCGUUAGCCACUAAGCUAGGCGGCGGUACUUUUUAGCCAGGCAUCUGUUGGGUCAAGUGCAGCUGGACCCACCUGCGCCUUCAGCUGCGACUCACAGGGAUUCAUUUUUUCUUUUCUUUCUUUCUUUAAAAAAAAUAUAUUUUUGGGAAAAUGAAGGAGUUUCCAUCAUUUGUCGCAUUCUUCGUCGUCUGCUUUGCGGUUUUAGGUUAUACUCAAGCAGUUACCCUAGAAGUGAAGGAGGGAAACUCCACCUGUAUUAAAGCAGAGUUCUCUGCAGUAUUUUCCAUCACAUACAACACCACCAAUGACACGAGGACUGUGUCCGUCUUUCUGCCGAACUCCACCACAGUCGAUCCAGCUGUCAGCUCAUGUGGCUCGAACGGGAGCGCCCCAACGCUGAUGGGCAAGUUUGGGUCCGGCCACCGUUUUGGCAUGAACUUUUCCACCAAUGGAAGUCUCUACAGCGUGGACACCCUGUCUCUGCAGUACAACUUGAGCGACGCUUCACUUUUCCCUGAAGCCAACAGCUCUGAGGUCGUUGUUUUUGUUCUGUCUGCCUCGAUGGGGAUUUGGGCACCGAUCAACACCACCUACCGCUGUCUGAGUCCAACUACCGUCACCCUUGUUCGACCCAACGUCACUUUCUCUGAUAUGAUGCUGGAGGCCUACAUGCCUGGAAAUGACCUUAGUCCUGCUGAGCGGGUAUGUGCGGCAGAUCAAACCACUACUGUAGCUCCUACUACAACAACCAGUGCAGCCCCACCGACCACGCCGUCACCAACUCCAGCAGGAACUCCCAAACAAGGCUCCUACUCCGUGAAGGACGGCAACGGCACCGUGUGUCUCUUGGCCAAAAUGGGAGUGCAGCUCAAUGUCAGCUACAUCUCUCAGUCCCAGAAUAAGACUGUUCAGGAGCUGGUUAACCUGACUCCUAAUCUGACCAGCUCAUCUGGAUUGUGUGGAGGCAGCAGUGCCGCUUUGGUUUUGACCCAAGAGGAGAGCACUACCCUCAGCUUCUUCUUCACUGUGAACUCAACAUCCAAGAAGUAUCACCUAAGUGGGAUAACUCUGCAAGCGAACUGGACCGACAUGAUGACUCCCGUCUCAGCCAGUAACAGCAGCCUGGAUUACCUGAGGAGUUCACUGGGACACUCCUACAUGUGUAACGCAGAACAAACUCUCUUUGUGGUCUCUACGUUCUCCAUCAACAUGUUUGAACUCCAGGUUCAGCCGUUUGGCGUCGUAUCAUCCCAGUUUGCCUCAGCUGAAGUGUGUCAAAUAGACCAGGAUCAAAUGUUGAUUCCCAUCAUCGUUGGAGCAGCUCUGGCCGGGCUGGUUCUGAUUGUCCUCAUCGCGUACCUAAUAGGCCGAAAGAGGAGCCACGCUGGAUACCAGACCAUAUGAAGCCACUCUGUCUCGCACCAAACAGACUGAACCUGAAUGAGAAUGCUGUGGAUGCGACAAUUACUGAGUUCAUGCUUAUCCUGUUAUUGAAAUGUGUUUUUUCUUUCCUAAAUGUUGGUGGAUGAUUUGAAAAUUCCAGUUCAUCUUAGAUCUGUGGAUCUCUGACUCCAGAGACUUCUGAUCAUCACAGAUUGGAUGAGUUUGCUUAUUUAGCUUAAAUAUUGAUUCAUUUCUAUUCAAGUUUUUGGGAUGAAAUCAGAUUUUCUGAAACUGUUUUUAGCUGUAUUCUUCUUGAAAAUCAAUCAGAGGGAGGGAAGCGGAGGCUUGUGCGGAGAGACAAUACUUUGAGUUUUCCUGUGUCCACAGGUAUACUUUCAGCCUCGAUAAAUAUGUUGUAAAAAGGGAAAGCUCUGUAUAUUUCUCCAGAAUGAAGAAGCUAAUUCGAUUUUUGGCUCUAGCUUCCAUUUUUUUGCAUAUAUACUUGCAAGUUUUCCUGUGAGUUCUGUCCAUUAACAGUAAAAGCAAAAUGCAUUUUUUAAGAAACAACCUGAUUAAAUAAAAGCUUUGCACAUUAAAUUCCAGCUUUUCCUGUUUGGAGUUCAAUCGUUAUAGUUUUGCAGCACUUCGGUAUCCAAACCCUAAAGAAGGUGGUGACUUGUUGCCUUCAAAUCUAAAUGAAAGUGGUUGUUUUCCAGCAGCAACUUUUCUCACAGAUUUCAGGAAAUGUUAGCUUCAUACGUUAUAACUUCACACAUGUAGCUCUUUUCACACUUGGUUUGUGUUUUGACGUUUCCGUUUUCAAAUGCUGAUCAGUCUUCAAACAGCUCUGAGUGUGGUUUUUUUUAAAGUGCACUUUUUAAAUGUAGUAUUGAGGCCACAUCCAGUCUGAACUGAUGCUUUUCCCGCUGAAUUGUUUAAAGAAAAAAACAGCAACGUGAACCUUUAUUUUUCUAAAAAAUGCUUGAUCUUGUUUUCUAUCUUGAUUGUUGCAAUUGAAUAAAAUGUAAAUUCAA